UACAACUGAUAUGUCUUGAUCAAACCACGCGUUGUAGCUAGAGUUGAUUUUAAAACUCUGCUAGUACAUUUUUAAAGGGAAUACAGCGAUAAUUCAGUUUAAUCGGUAUCCGGCUUAGUCACACAUUUAUUCCAAAGUACGGCUCUGACAACAUUGAAAACACAACAAAGCUUACAGACAUUAUUCUGUGAGUGAUCUCAUCGCAAACUGGUCAUAAUGAUAUAAAGGUGAUCCCGAGAGGUGAUGAUGUUUCCCAGGAAGCCAAACAAGCCUAGUCCUAUGUUUAGUAUUAGGAAAUCUACGAUCAAUGAACAACGAUUGAUACGGGCAGUUUCAGACAAUGACAGCGAAGAAGUAAGACGGUUAACAAAGGACAAGAGAGUGGAAAUUAACACAUUAACUGAACUUGGACAAACCUCGUUACACCUUGCAGCGGCGAACGGAUACAUAGAAAUUUGUGAAAUUCUCGUAAAGGGCGGAGCUGAUCUCAAAGGAAAAGAUAAGGAAGGAAGGAAUCCUCUCCACGAGGCAUCGAAAGAAAACCAAUUAGACGUUUGUAAAUUUAUUGUGAACCGAUCCAAAAGCACACUCAAUGAAAAAGACAAUGGUGGUCUUACACCUCUUGGGUUGGCAAUUUUACUUGGUCAUCAACCAAUAUGCGAAUUUUUACUUUGUAGCGGAGCUGAUACAGCAACCAAAGACAAUUAUGGCCGAGCACCACUUCAUCUUGCAGUUAUAGUCAAUAAGAUCGACAUAUGUUGCCUACUCGUUGAUAAUAAUGCUCAGAUCAAAGAGAAGAAUAAGGAAGGAAAAACAUCAAUAGAUAUUGCUGAAGAACUGAAUCAUCGAACGGUGGCGGAUUACUUAAAAAGCGAGGCCAACCUUCAGGAUCUUCUUAAGCUUGCUGAGGGUGGCCAACCUUUAGAUGUGCUGAAGCUGAAUAUUAUUGGCCAUCCUAUGUCUGGAAAGACAACUCUCCUCAAGUCACUUUCUAAGAAACGUUGGAACCCGCUACGUCUCUUAGAGAAACAGAAAAUACCUCUUGCGAUCGACCACAAGGCGACACCAGGCGUACGGAUCAUAAGCGCUUCCAUUCCAAAUGUUGGCAAGUUCAGUGCAAGGGACUUUGCUGGACAGAGUGAAUAUCAUAUAACACACAGUGCAUUCUUCGGCAUUCGUAAUGCCAUUUUCCUACUCUUGUACAAUAUAACUAUCGACCAGAGGGAACAAAAAUCUCAGUUAAAACAUUGGUUGGCUAUGAUCAAAGCUUGUCAGAGGGAAUCAGUUAUAUCAACAUUCCAUCCCGAUGAAUUUAACAGCGGUAUUGUUAUUGUAGCCACGCAUAUGGACUUGGUGGAUGAUUCCAAGAAACGUGAAGCAACAAAUCUCGCUAAGCAGAAUGUCGAGGAGAUGCAGCAGAUUUUUAGAACACUUAAUAUAACUAGUGACUGUGUUGUGCUCCAAACGCACAAAUCAUGGGAUGAACAGAUCAAACCAUUGCGUGAAUCACUUGAGAAACUCGGGAAACGCAUAAGAGGUACGAAAAGGAUACCAGUGAUAUGCCAAAGAAUAACAAAUCAUCUUCAGGACUGGGUAGAAGAAUUAGCUAUGGCUCCGUUGAUGAGUUUUACCGCAUUUGAAGAACGUGUCAAUUCCAUUACAAAUGCAUUCGUAACCAAAGAACUACUUAAAACUGCGGCCCGGUUUAUGACCGACACAGGCGAGAUUUACUUUGCGGAGUUUGACAGUGACGAGGUGGAGGACCAAGUGGUUAUAAAUCCUGGUUGGCUUACUUCAGACCUGUUCGGCAGACUGUUCGCGAGCAGCUGUCACACUCUGUUUGAUGGUGUUCAGAGGGUACCAAAAAAGGAACUUUUCACCUACAAAGAAAUCAGUGAAAUUGUAGGACAGAUUGCUAGCCCCAAAUUAGCUAUCCAACUCCUCAAGCAUCUCAACUUAAUACACGAACACAGAGAGGAUACGUACAUCAUUCCAAGCCUUUUACCUAUGGAUCUUCCCGUUGUGCAAUGGUCUGCAGACGACCAAUCUGUCUACUUCGGUAGACAUAUAAGGUGUGUGGAUGAAUCAGAUAUGUUUACUCCCGGAUUUUUUCCGUACCUACAAGUGAAUAUUUUGAAGCGGUUAGAGGAUUUUGUGGCCCAUAGUAAACUGACACGUAAUACAAUCAAAAGUGCAGUUGGCUAUGUUGAGAGUAUCGUCAAAAUGUCGAGUGAUCAAAUGUCAUUAUUUGUUGCUGUAAAAGUCGAUGAUGUGCGACAUAAAGAAGAGUGUAAUACGGUUUUGUCACAGUUGAUGAAUGAUGUAGAUGAUGUCAAACACCAUGUUUCACAAGGAACACACACCGAGAUGCGCGUUGUUAGUGUAGUAGACAUGAAGAAAGAAUCCGACGUCACAGAAUGCCACAGUUACGCACUGGAAGACGUAAUUGCAGCUGAUGAUGGCAAUGGAUUUGUGGUAAAUACGAAGCGGGGUAAAAACGAACACGUCACUGAAAUUAUAUGUGCAGGAUAUGACAUCACUAUUUUAAAAGUUAAAGGUUAUGCAAGUGACAUAAAGUGGUUAAAAUCAACAGUUGUUCAAAAACUUCAAGUGUGUUUGGAACGUGUCGCAGAAAUGCAAGAUUAUCGCACAUUUGCCGAGAAAAUUAAGAUAAUGGAUGCCAUCGAGAUAGAGCAUUUACAUGAGGUAAAUCUACCUGGAAAUGAAGGAAAAUUAUCUAUGCUCUUAAGAAAAUGGUCCGAGCAUCAAGAAAGAUGCAGUACAAUUAGUAAUCUGUGUGCUAUAUUGAAAGACAUGGAGCGACAUGAUGCUCUGAACAUUGUUCAUAAAUCGCUGAGAGAGGAAGGAUUCAGCCCUGUUUGACUCUCAGAGUCCAGCGACUUCGACGUCAUAAACUGAAUGUACCGUGCACAUGAGAGAAAGUAAAGUCAUUCCAAGCUAUAGCAACCAAUCAAUGGAACGCUUUUCCACAUAAUGUAGCACUAAGGUCCGCUUUUUGUAUGCCUCUUUUAAGAGGCAAAUUACAAUUUGUCAAGUUUGAAAUUACAGUAUCUGGUACCUAGGUCUAGAUCUAUAAUAUUUCAUUAAUUUCAGCAGUUAAAUUGCUUCAAUAUUACUCUCAGUUAUAUCUUCACUUAAUGUACGCCUUGAGAAUACAAUUAACGAUAAGCACUUUAGAAUUACAAUGGUUCUCUUCCAAAUUGUUCCUGUAUAGGCCUACAU